UUUGCCUUACGUGCGCGCUGCCGUAGAAAAUCCCUUCUUGCGUAUCCCCCUCACGCAAAGAAUCGCGCAUCACGCAGCUGUCGUCACCAUACAAGCCGGUGAGUUGUUUGGACAUGAAAGAUUCUGUGGCUCUCUUCCGAUAGCGGGUGCGAAUGACGGUCAAGGAUAACUUACCGCAAGCAGUAAAAAAAACCUUAAGGUUCUAUGACAACACUGGCUCGCAGAGAGGGGGCGUGUCUCGGUUGCUAUCGGUACGUUACUUUAGAGGAGGAAGUUUCGAAAAAGGAAAAAAGGCAGCCGUGUCAUCCGACUGGCAUAGUUCUGGUUAGCUAGCGAUAAGUUAGCUAACUAGCUAGCUAAAGCUGUUUCCUGGAUGGUUUGUGGCAAGUGAGUGGCCAAGCGAGAUGGACAGCAUAGCAAGUUUUUAAAAUCUAUGACAUUAUAAAAUAUAUUUCAUUCAUGCUCGCUCACUCGUGUAAAAGUGUUGCUAUCUUUUGAUAGCCACCGUUAGCUAUUUAGCUAAUGCCAUAACACCUUUUCAAAGUUAUGAGUAGUUUCCCGAAUAAGCCGCCUUUCAUCAGCCCUCCGCGGAGUCCUGGCGGUACAGUUUCUUCCAUUAACAAUAACAACAGAGAGUGGGGUCUGGGAAACGAUGUGUUCGUCUGCUCCUAUGACGAGUCGUCGAUUGGCGCAGGGAUGCACGCGGUGCAGUCGGGUUUUGAUCGGCACCUGCCGCUGCUCCAGGAUAGUCACCAGCUAACGUUGACCCGGCGUGGUAAGAUGCUGGACGAUACCUACCCAAGUUGUGGGAGUCAUAAUACCGGCACGGGUUACUUUGACUUCGGGACCGCCAGCACCCUUGACUACAGCGUAAACGAUGGAAAUGUUGCCCCGCCGGAGAGCAGGAAAAGGCAUCGCUCCAACAGCUCCCGACACCGCUUCGAAGUCGUUACUGAGCUGGGCCCGGAGGAGGUCCGGUGGUUCUACAAAGAGGACAAGAAAAACUGGAAGGCUUUCGUCGGGCACGACUCUUUAAAAAUCGAGGUAGCGUACCGUAAAUACUGUGAGUUGAAUCCUGGCAGGUCCAAUCGGGCAGGUCCCGUGGGCAACGAAGCGCAGGACACGCAAGAAACUGCGACUGGGUCAGCAGUAUUGGACGGACCACAGAGAGAAGCGCCAACAACAACUGCGCCAAGAACUCUAGCGCAUGGCAGCAGGGAAUCUGUCGAAAGGUCCAAAUCAUCGGAAGAGAGUGACUUGGACAGUAUAAAUGUCAGCGUAGAAGCGGUCUGUGUUAGAGGGGGUCUCUACGAGGUGGAUGUCAGAGACAAGGAAUGCUAUCCAGUCUAUUGGAAUCAGCAGGACAGUAUUCCUGUGAUGCGUGGCCAAUGGUUCAUUGACGGCACGUGGCUUCCAAUGGAGGAGGAGGAGAGCGACCUGAUCGAGGUCGAGCACCUUGCACACUUCCGCGGCCAGCAGAUGCAAGACACCUUUGACUCAGACGUGGUGGCCAAGGCCGUGGACAGCAAGGAUGUGUUGUCACAGCCAUCAGCAUCUGCAGACAAAGGUCCUACUAUACGGGAGGCAACAGACACAGUUCUCUCCCACCUGCCCCCUUUCUACCUCACCUUUCUAUUCAAAUGGAGAGGAUAUCAGACGAGUACUAAAACCACAUGUCACAAGCGCAAGCGCUGCCAAGCCAUUCACAGUCUGAAGCUGAGCAGGAGUCAUGUUGACUGGCACAGUGUGGAUGAGGUGUACCUGUACAGUGAUGCUACUACCUCAAAGAUCGCCCGCACGGUCACACAGAAACUAGGCUUCUCCAAAGCCUCCAGCAGUGGCACGCGGCUGCACAGAGGGUACGUCGAGGAGGCCUCUCUGGAGGACAAGCCCCCCCAGACGACGCACAUCGUCUUCGUGGUCCACGGCAUUGGACAGAAGAUGGACCAGGGACGCAUCAUCCGCAACACGCGCAUGAUGAGGGAAGCAGUGCGUAAGAUGGAAGAGAAGCACUUUGCAGAGCACACAGAGGAACAUGUGGAGUUUCUGCCUGUGGAGUGGCGCUCUAAACUAGCACUAGAUGGAGACACAGUGGACUCCAUCACGCCUGAUAAGGUGCGAGGCCUCCGAGAUCUACUCAACAGCAGUGCCAUGGACAUCAUGUACUACACCAGCCCGCUGUACAGGGACGAGAUCACAAAGGGCCUGACUCAGGAGCUGAACCGUCUGUACACGCUGUUCUGCUCGCGGAACCCUGAGUUUGAGGAGAAGGGCGGGAAGGUGUCAAUCGUUUCGCACUCGCUGGGGUGCGUGAUCGCCUACGACAUCAUGACGGGCUGGGACCCCGUGCGCUUCAUCCAGCAGGAGCAGCAGGAGACGGAGCAGGAGGACCUGCACUGGAUGAGCUACGAGGAGCGCCACCUACUGGAACAACUGCAGAUCACGCGCCAGAGGUUACGGGAGCUGGAGGAUCAGCUGCAGGGGCUAGAGGCCUCCAAACCUCAUGACCCCCCCACUUUGAUGUUCAAGGUGGAGAAUCUGUUCUGCAUGGGCUCUCCCCUGGCCGUGUUCCUGGCGCUGCGGGGCAUCCGGCCGGGCUCCAAUGGCAUGCAGGACCACAUCAUGCCCAAGACCAUCUGCCGACGCCUCUUCAACGUCUUCCACCCCACUGACCCCGUGGCGUAUCGGCUUGAGCCACUCAUCCUGAAGCACUACAACAACAUAGCACCCGUCCAGAUCCAUUGGUUCAACACCACCAGCCCCACCCCUUAUGACGAGAUGCGCAUCACCUUCCUCAACCCGAGCAAGGACCCGCUGUCGGACACGGAGAGCAACCCGAGCCCCAGCACCUCGCCCGUGAUGCCCCGGCGCCACUAUGGCGAGUCCAUCACCAACCUGGGCAAGGCGGGCAUUAUGGGCGCGGCCAGCAUCGGUAAGGGCAUCGGGGGCAUGCUAUUUUCCCGCUUCGCACGCUCCAGCAGCCAGCCACAGAUGGGCACAGAUGCCACGGUCCUGGAGAGUGACGAGAAGAGCCAGUGCCAGACCCAGAGCCAGUCAGCAUACGGCCUCUCCAGCAUGUCCCAGUCCACCUCUACCAUCAUGGAUACCACAGUGGAUCUGGAGCAUCGCAUUGACUUCGAGCUGCGCGAGGGCAUGGUGGAGAGCCGCUAUUGGUCAGCAGUGACCUCGCACACAGCCUAUUGGUCGAACCUCGACGUGGCGCUCUUCCUGCUAACGUUCAUAUAUGAGCAGAGGCGGCCAUCAGAGUCAACGGGGGAGCUCAGCCCUGAUACUGUCUGAACGGGAGAGCACCCUGCAGCACUGUGGACACACACACACACACACACACACACACACACACACACACACACACACAC